AAUAUUUUUUAAUCUUUAAUUUAUUAGUUAUUAUUUAUGAGAGAGGAUUCAAAUUUAUCAAUUUAGCUGCUCAAGUGCAAAUUAAAUAAUUUUUAUUUUUUUUAAUACUUUAAAGCGUAACUGUUUAUUGUUGGUGUCUAGGCCCACUCCUUUAUAGUUUACACAGAUCCUGAUACCUGUUAAACAUUAGAGAUCCCAAAAAGUAGGAAACUGUUUCUUGAAUUGUAUCUGUUUGAUGAAAUGCUCCUGGGAGCAUCCUGGUCGAAGGGUGUAACAUACUCCCUGCUAGAAAUCUUCAGCACCUGAAUUUUGCCAUGCCGUUCGUGUGGCAUUGCACUUGUCAAAGUAUGAACUAGGUUCAGAAGCUAUAAAUUUUGAAGCAAACAUUCAUUUCUUCAUCACCACUAGACUCCAUUUACAUUCUAUGCCUUUAUCAAUCUCCAUAUUUUCUUCAUUCUAACUUUCAAAAAGGAAUAUAUCAAAGAUGGAUAAGUCUUCUCAAAGCCAGGCCCAGAACAUUAGCUAUGAGGCGGGGCAGGCCAAGGAAAAACUGAGGAAAAGGCUGGUGGCAUGAUGGACAAGGCAUCCGAAGUUGCCCAAUCUGCCAAGGACUCAAUUGCAGAUGCUGGAGGGGUGAUGAUGGCUGAGGCUCAAGGAGCAGCUGAAGCUGUGAAGAAUGCAACAGGCAUGAACAACAAGUCAAGCUGAUUAAAGAAACAUUGUCUAUCCAGUUUGAUUUGGAUGGCUGAAUGAUCUAAUUGAGUCUAAUGGUGGGAAGAAGUUUAGUAGUAGUAAAUCCUUGUUCUAUGAAGCUCCUCUUGGUUAUAGCAUUGAAGAUGUUCGGCCUUGCAGUGGAAUCAAGAAAUUCAGAUCUUCUGCUAACUCUAACGUGAGUUCUAUCCUAGAAUUUCCUCCCAGUUGCAUGUUAUUUUAUGGUAGAACUCUUUAAUUAACAUCAUGUCGCUCUUUAUUUGUACAGUGCAUACAAAAACCAUCCUGAGUUUCCAAAAUUUUUCACAUAACCCUGCAAGCUCUCACAUACUGCAACGUCAUCUAAUCAGUUUCUUCCUUCUUACCUUGCUCUCUUGUUCUCUCUUCUUGCAACAUUGUUUGUUUCUUAAUACAGUAUGGCUUUUUCU